UAGCAAACACAUGCUCACCACUCUCUUUGCCUAUUCGUUGCAAAAAGCGGUGUAUCGGCCUAAGGUUGCUUCUAUUCUUGGAAUCAGGGUUAUCUCUACCAGAGAGUGCUAUCGACGCCUCCUUUUUUAUCCUCGGUGGUCUCGAGAGACAGUGGCCAUGUUUGCAAGGAGACAUCCUUCUUGCACGAGCCAGGCUGGUGGAUGAUAUCACGGGAGCGGCAAGAGUCAGGCACGCCGACGAGCCGGAGCCGAAGCUACGUACCCAAGUAUCUACAGGUACCUACUCGAGUACCUACACAAUACCUAUACAAUGACGGUGGCCAGAAACAGUCGAAUCAAGGGGCGGUAGCGUGCGCGAGUGCCUCUUGCUCGACAAGGACAGAAAUUUCGCCAUACAGCACAGCACUAGGGCAAUCAAACCCAGACCCUGCCGUGUCACGCUUCGCCAUCACCAGAGCCUCGUUGGCGGGGACAGCCUUGGUUGGGCGCUUGGCGGUCUGCAGUGGUGCUUACCUAACCGGCAGCUAGACAGUGGUCACGCGAGGCCAAAUGGCGGGGAUUUGGCGGGUAGCGCCCACCGAUGCCGGGGCCAUCACGUCAGGCCGCUGUCACCAGCGCAGCGUGCCAGGCAGGAGGCGGAGUCAGUUAUCCCGUCUCAGGGCGAGCCCAGAGAGCGAACGGCGAGGAAAUAGACGGAAUCAAAAGCCCCCUUUUUGCGCCAUCAUAGCCGCGGUUUCGCGCGAGUAGGAAGCCGCUAUUUCUCUGUCGUGCCGCGUGCUCGUUUGCAGCUUUGUUGCUUUCUUGUUGGCUGUGCCCGACUUUGUGCUUUUGUUUUUCUUUUCUCGUCCUUCCUUUGCGCAAUUUCCACGGUCCGAGGCUGGGGCGCUGAGCACUGAUCCUGAGCACUGAUCGAGGCGCGACACCAACGGCGCUCGUUCCAAAUCCCAUCGAGACAAGACCGCCAACGCAAAUCGCUUCAGACGAUUCAAUCCCGACUCGGCCAGCCAGACGAACAGACAGUAAACAUCCCUUGGGCGCCGGCUGCAUGCAAGGCCAGAGCCUGUACCCCAAACUCUAAUCCGCCCAGCCGCAGUCGCAGCUCGCUUCCACUGCUUCCAGCCCAGGCCCAGGCCCAGGCCGCACGCCUUACACCUUCAGCUCCAGCACAGAUAGGGCGUGCGCACGCGAGCGGUCCAGACGUGCAUCUGUGCUAGUCGCGGCGCUGUGCUCCGUGAGCAAGGCUGCCAGCCCGCCGCCCAUCUCACCUGCAGGUCCCACGGCACCACCAUGGCGAGCUCCCCGGCCCAGGCCGCUCUGCUCCAGCGCCGCCAACGAUCCCUCUCCGCGAGCUCCUCGUCCUCGGCCGCGCCUUCGACACUCGGCCCCCUCUCCUCGGCCGCGUCAUCGAUCCGCUCCCUCUCGCCCCUCGGCCGCCCCGCUGGCCCGUGGUUCCGCCGUCGCCGGAGCAGCCGCAGUAGAAACACAGCCGCUGCCGCCCGUGCCCGCAAAGUCGCCUUCGCUUCGGCCAUCCUGUCGGCCCUGUGCGCCGGCUCCAUCACCGUCUUCUCGCUCUACGGCCACAUCUUCCAAUCGCGUCUGCGCUACACCCAGUUCGAGGUCAACGGCGUGGCCAUCGCCGGAUCUGUAUCCUCCUACCUGCCCGUGCCCUUGCUGGGCUACUUGUGCGACCGCAUCGGUCCCGCGCCGCUCUCGCUCGCCUCGGCCGGCAUCUUCGCCACGGGCUACUCGCUCGCCGCUACCGUCUUUGCCCACGUCGACGAUGCCGUCCGUAAUGGCCGCCCGCCCCACAACAGCCUUCACAGCGGCACCGUGACUGGCGGGCCCAUCUCAUACGCUCUCAUGAUCUCGGCUUUCGUCUGCAUAGGCGUCGGCACCGCCAGCAUGUAUCUCAGCGCCGUGGCCACGUGCGCCAAGAAUUUCGGAACGGGCAAGCACCGGGGCCUGGCCCUGGCCAUGCCUAUUGCCGCCUUUGGGCUCAGCGGCAUGUGGCAGAGCCAGGUCGGCAGCCGCGUCUUGUACGAGCGCCUUGGCGACGGCAACCGCGGUGAUGUCGACGUGUUCCGCUUUUUUAUCUUCCUGGCCGUCGUGCUCGCAAUUGCCGGCGUCAUCGGCUUCUUCUGCCUCCGCAUCGUGAACGAGGACGAGCUGAUAGAUGAAGCUGUCGAAGAACUCGAGCGGAGCGGCCUGCUCACCGGCAGCGCCCUCUUCACCCCAGGCGGCGGUAGGAUUGCCGCCAGCGCUGGUGGCUACGGGACCAUGGGUACGGUCGUGGAGAGGAGCAACCCCUUUGAAGACCCCGCCUACGUGGCCACAGGCGGCAGCGAUGACUUUAACAGCUCCAGUGACGACACUGCCGUCAACCCCGACGGCAGCACCCGCGAUAUCGAUCCGUCGUCUAAGGGCCCGGACGAGGAGGCGGCGCUCCUAGCUAGUGAGCAAAGGGUCGAGGACAUGCAGGCUAUGAAGAAGGAGUGGGUGCUCAACGCUGAGACGCGCCGGUUCCUGACGGACCACACCAUGUGGCUGUUUGCCGCCGGCUUCUUCUUCAUGGUCGGGCCUGGCGAGGCCUUCAUCAACAACAUGGGCACCGUCAUCAAGACGCUGUACCCGCCCGCGGCCCAGGGUGGCGGCGGCCAGCCGCUGACGACGGUCGCGACCCACGUCUCCAUCAUUGGCAUCACCAGCACCAUCGCCCGCCUGGCCACGGGCACGCUGACGGACCUGCUGGCGCCCAGCCCGGGGAGCCAGCACAUCCAGCUCACCUCAUCCCAGAUGCUCGAACGCCACCCGACGUCGUCGGGGUGCUUCUCGUGCAGGCCGUCCGUCUCGCGCGUCAGCUUCCUCCUCUUCUCGGCCGCCCUCCUCUCGGCCGGCCUGGCGACGCUGGCCUCGGGUGUGGCCCAGGGGCACGGCGACCGCUUCUGGAUCGUGUCCAGCCUGGUCGGGGCCGGGUACGGCGCCGUCUUCAGCCUGACGCCCAUCAUCAUUACCGUCAUCUGGGGCGUCGAGAACUUUGCCACCAACUGGGGCAUCGUCGCCACAAUGCCCGCCCUGGGGGCCACCAUGUGGGGGCUCAUAUACUCGGCCGUCUACGAGGCCGGCGCGUCGGCGGCUGCCCGCAGUAGAAGUGCUGAGACCGCGCCGCAGCAGCCCGGCCAUGGUGGAGACGGCGGCGACAUAUUCUGCUACGGCACCGUGUGCUAUGCCACCACGUUUUGGGCCAUGUCGGCCAGCGUCUGGGUCGCAUGCGUCUUGGUGGUUCUUGCCUGGAAGGGCAGGAAUGGCUGGGCACAGCGGGGGAUCGUGAUCUGACCAUUUUGCUGUUUGAAGGGAUUUUUUUGUUACCAUCAUACGCUCGUUUCCUCCUAUGUACAUUUUUGCUUGCUUUUCAUCUCUCAUCUCUUUAUCCUUUUUUCUAGCUCCUAUCUCUUAACCUGCCUCUCCUUCUCACAAACAUCCUUCUGGCGUUUCCGGCACAGCCUGCAUCUAACCUGUCUGUCAUUUUCAGCAUUGAACACCAUAGUUUGCCAUAUCCCCAUCGCUCAACGGCAGCGGCGGCAGUACAUCAUGAUAGAAUCUUGAGGAAUACCAACACCACAGCAUUUUGCUUGGCUCUUGCAUCCU